AUGGUAUCCUAUGUGUCUGGCUUUCCCGAACUUCCGGGCUUUAUUCAAGGCUUCAUACAAGAACCCGACUGUCAAAAUGAUUCUCUCUUUGACAAGCUUGGGAAGAGGAUUGAGGAUUGGCGACGCGUUUCCCUGGAGCCUCUGAACUUUUGUCACCCGCAAGAGCGGAAAGAAUCUACUCCCGAGUUUGUGCCUACUUUACUGUACCUCCGCGCAAAUCAGCUACGUGGGCUCCUACUGCGGCCAUUUUUCUGGGGGAAACCCCAUCUUCGAUCUAAUGAUGAAAAGAUCAAGCUAGGGCUCGAGCUUGCAACCGAUAGCAUAUUCAUUUUGUCAGACCUUGAUAUCAAUUCCGCUACAUACAGACGCCAAAUCGCAACCUUUCAACACUUUCUAUCGUCCUCAGUCGUCCUUUUGAUUCUGAGCAUUGUCCACGCGUUGGACGAGACUGGUUCUGAUUCCACAUUGUCACAUUCAUUAGAUGAUAUAGAGAUUCUGGUUUCCCGAGCAAUUGACCUGAUUGCUUCAUAUCGAGACCACCCUGCUUCAUCCCAUGAGCUAUCGAGGAAACUCUCGCCCAUGCUGACUAUGCUGAAGAAAUUCCGUAUUCCAGGCCGCGACCGGCUGGCCACAAUUGAUACGGAGUUUUCAAAGACUCCCCCUGAUGAUUUCAACAUUAUAGAGAAUUCCAAUUCUCUUCUGAGCCAGCCAGAAGGCAUUGUACAACCUUUACAGCAAGGAAAUGAGGCAGACGACGUGUUUUCCUUCUUUGAUAUGAAUUUCCCAACAAGUGAUCAUGAAUAUGAUCUAAAUCAGUUCGACUGGACAGGGUGUUCGUUCGACAUGAGAAGCUGGGACACAAUCACUGAGAUGUUUUUGUCAAACCUUGAAUAG